AAAAACUCCCUAAAUGUAGUCUAUGGGUGGUCCAUCCUCUUCUGGCUGUACCAGCUGAGGUCCUGUAUAUAUUCAAAGCAUUAUUCUUAAGCAUAUUUCGUAGCUGUGUAAUGCGCACCUCCUGCGAUUGACCACCUUGUCAGCCACAUGCAUCUCCAAAUAUUGUCCAGAAUCUAGUGUAUAGUCGAAUACGAGGAAGGAACCGGUGGGAGCGUUUUCUGCAGAUAUACCUAACCUGACACACCCCUCGUUUAUGGCACUUUUUGUGUGCUUCUGGAUUUGGCUGAAGAAGAUGGCGGCCUCCUCAGGAGUUAAAGUUCCACGUAAUUUUUGCUUGUUGGAGGAGCUUGAAGAGGGUCAGAAAGGUGUUGGAGAUGGAACAGUCAGCUGGGGCCUUGAAGAUGAUGAAGAUAUGACGCUAACAAGGUGGACAGGCAUGAUCAUCGGACCGGCACGAACUAAUUAUGAGAACAGGAUAUACAGUCUGAAAGUGGAAUGUGGUCCUAAAUAUCCUGAAUCACCUCCAAUUGUUAGAUUUGUAACAAAAAUUAGCAUGAAUGGCAUAAAUAAUUCCAAUGGGAUGGUGGAUACACGUAGCAUACCAAUUCUAUCUAAAUGGCAAACCUCUUAUAGCAUUAAAGUUGUUCUUCAAGAGUUAAGGCGUCUAAUGAUGUCCAAAGAGAAUAUGAAGCUUCCACAACCACCAGAAGGACAAACCUACAGUAAUUAAUUGUUCAUGGAUUGUUUACUUUUGACCCCUAUUGUCUUAAAUCUUAUUCUCCUAGAAAUGAUUGUGUUGGCCAUCACAAUCAUGUGAUGAUUCUCACUCCACUAUUUUAAGAAUUUAGACUGAGCAAGAUUGGACAUUCCUUUUAGUUAGCCUAUGGUCAUUCCAGAACGUCCCCACUGCGAGUGAAAUUGUGUUUUUAAGACCACAAGUGCACACAGUUAUUCCUCUUCUAUUGAAGUUAGUGUGACCAUUCACUUUAUGAUCGUGAGAUGUAUCAAGUUGGCUUUACAAGUGAAGCAUGGCACCAAGUGUAUACCCAAGUCAAACAAUUUAUGUUUCGAAUGACAGGUCACUAAAAUAAAUAAUUGAAAUGUGUGUAUGAUGGCAUGCUUUAACUAAUAAAAACCACAUUUAAGUUGGAAUUUAGUCAAAUGUAGGAGGUACGUUGACAUAUCAUGCAGAUGAAGAUUAAAAUAUGGCUUUAGACCAGAAGUAGUGUCACAAGGUUUGAAGGAUUUAAAAAAGUAUAUCUGUAUUUGACACGAUUCCAAUAAUGUUUCUGUUCUGCAGCUCUUUGACUUGUAACAUAUGUUCAAGCCUGUUCUGUUCUGAAAGAAUACACCUUGUAUUUAACUUCUAGAGAAAAUGACAAGUUUAUGACAUUGCGAUUUCUCUGACAUUAAAAUCACUGUCUUGAGAAAUA